CCAUUGCAAGGGGCCACACGAGUCCGGAGUGAUGGCUGGCGUUAGGCAGACCGCAGAAGCCACCCCAAAGAGCGAAAAAAAGCCCUAGCAAGUCCGGGUAGCCCAGAGCUGCUGCUGGCGAUGUGACCCGUGCGCGUGGGCAGGACCGCGCAGACCCCAAGCAGCGGCGAUUCGGGGAGGGCCUCGCUCCGGGCCCACCGCGCGCGGCACCAUGAGCAAUAACUUCUGCCGGGCCCUGGUGGACCGGCGGCCCAUGGCGGCCCCCGGCUGCAUGCAGCUGGGCGUCGCGCCCCCUGGACGGCAGGCGCCCCUGCCGCCCGCCGAGCCCCUGGGCAGCGUGCCCCUCCUGCUGUACCCAGGCGCGGCCGAGCCGCCCUUCUACGAGGCCUACGCGGGCGUGUUCCCCUACGCGCCCUUCCCCGGCGCCUUCGGCGUCUAUGACUGCCCCUUCGAGCCCGCCUUCAUCCAGAAGCGCAACGAGCGCGAGCGGCAGCGGGUCAAGUGCGUGAACGAGGGCUACGCGCGCCUCCGCGGCCACCUCCCGGGCGCGCUGGCCGAGAAGCGGCUCAGCAAGGUGGAGACGCUGCGCGCCGCCAUCCGCUACAUCAAGCACCUGCAGGAGCUGCUGAGCGCCGCCCCCGACGGCGCGCCCCCCGCCGGCGCCCGGCCCCACCGCCCCGGCGACGCACCCCCGGCCCUGGCGCCCGAGGCGUCCCAGGCCUCCCUCUUCUCCUCCUCGCCGCACUUCGAGUCGGAAGAAGCCAGCCACUGA